AUGUCUGUAUAUGGCCGAAAAGCUGUUGGGAGCAAGUAUUCAGCGCAAUAUCAAGUUUACAUUACGCUGGACGGCAAGGUGGUUUCACCGUUCCAUGAUAUACCGGUUUAUGCUGAUCAGGAUCACAUCAACGUGGUCAAUGAGAUCCCCCGGUUUGAGAAUGCGAAGUUUGAGAUCAACAAGGAAAGAAAGAUGAAUCCUAUCAUACAAGACCUGAAAAAAGGGAAACCAAGGUUCGUGGCCAACAUAUUUCCUUGUAAGGGGUAUCCCUGGAAUUAUGGUGCUAUACCACAAACGUGGGAAGAUCCUGGAGUGAAGGACACGAGCACCAACUCAUUCGGUGAUGAUGAUCCCCUAGAUGUAAUUGAGAUAGGAAAUGUAAAGAAAGAGAUUGGCGAGGUGUACGUUGCCAGGAUCAUAGGCUGUCUCGGAUUGAUCGAUUCCGGAGAAUGUGACUGGAAAAUUAUCGUAAUCGAUGUGCGUGAUGAGAAUGCAAAGCAUAUAAAUGAUGUCAACGAUUUGAAGAUAAAGUUUCCCGGUCUGCAAAACGUGACCUACAACUGGUUCAUGAACUACAAAUUGGCCGACAACAAGCCAAAAAAUUCGUUUUUGGAUUACGGCGAGCUAAAGAACAAGGAGUUUGCCAAAAAUAUCAUCAAGGAGUGCCAUGAGAGCUGGAAGAAAAUGAUGAAGACAGAGUCCGAGACUAGCAUAUCACGUGCCAAUGCUUUUCAGAAAGAGCAUCGUGAUACCGAAGAUGUGACGAUUAAUGGCACGGAAGGAUCAGAUGAAGCGGUACCAGACCAUUUAAACGGGUACUUCUAUGUGAAGGAUGAUUAAUGGCCUUGUGUUCUUGAUUAAAAGUUAUUUUCAUAC